AUGACUAAAUCUUCAGUGGAUGACCAUUGCUAUACAUGGGGAAGCGAUCCAGAUCAGAUCAGGUUUCAGGCCAAAAUUUUGGUUUCUUCAAUGUGUCGAGUAAGUGAAGUGAAAACUCACGUAUCAGAAGUUACCGAUGUCUUGCCGGACAAAAUUAUUCUUCUUUACAAAGGCGUAGAACUGAAAAAUGAUAAUCUCCCUAUACGCAAAUAUGGUAUAAAGGACGACUGUGAACUUAUUAUGAGUGUUAAGAAUGAAUACUGGCAGCCUUCGAACGCAGUGCUUUAUGUCCCGCCAUCAUUCCCCGAGGGAAGUGUCGGCGAACUGCGUAACAGAAUCAAAGCCAUGACGAACAUUCGACAAAAAGUUACUACGGUCCCCAAGAUUUACCGUAAAAUCAAAUAUAAGGUUGACAAGAAGCAUACUGAAUGGACCCCGGAGAAACAAAUGGAGCACGAAAUAACAAGAAAUAAAAUGAAG